AUGAUCUCCUCGGGCUUCACCAACGCGCCCGUCACGCAAUUCCUCGUCUUCGGCACCGUCAUUGGUGCGCUGCUGGCCGCAAUCACGGAUUCGAGAUUCUAUCUGCAUAUUCAGGUUGUGCCGCAUUUGUGGGGGUAUGGGCAGUUUUGGAGGUGUGGGGUUUGGACGCUAAGUUUCACAAACUCAACCGAAGUCCUCUUCGCAGUCUUAACAUUCUACCAACUCCGCGUUGUGGAAAGGAUAUGGGGGAGUAGGAAGUUCGCUUCCUUCCUCCUCUCCACCCUCCCCUACACAACCCUCCUCCCACCCCUCAUCCUAACCUUCAUCCUCCGCCCCCUAACCCUCGGCCGCAUGAACCACCUCCCCGCCGGCCCAACCCCCCUCCUCUUCGCCCUCCUCGCAAACUACUACGCCGCAAUCCCGUCCACCUACCGCUACAAAAUCUCUCCCUGGGCCGCCUCCACCCCCUCAUCCCAACAAUCUUUCUAUCGGCGCUCCAUAACGCUGACUUCGAAAUCCCUAUCUUAUCUCCCUCCUUUACAACUCGCGCUAUCCCAGUUUCCGGGGAGCUUACUAGCGGCGGCGGUGGGGUGGGGGGUUGGAACGGCGUAUAGGCGCGAUGUGCUGCCCGGUGCGGCGAGGUGGAGGGUGCCCGGGUGGGUUGUGGGUGAGGAGAGGAAGGGUGGGUUUGAGGGGUUGAGGGCGAGGCUGGAGGAUGAGAGGGAGAGGGAGGGGGGUGGGGCGGGGCUGGCGACGGGGAUAUUGGCGGAGGGGGCGGGGGAGGCGAGGCAGAGGAGGACGUUGGGGGAUGUGGUUGCUGAGCAGUUUAGGGGGAGGGGGUAG